AUGGCAAAGUUGAAAAUUGAAUAUCCGGAAUAUUUUUACUAUGAAACCUUAUUUUGUUCCACUUAUACCUUUGCUGGUGAUGAUGAGACUGCUUCAGAUGAGGACGAUGCAGGCAAGAAGAAGAAGAAGAGAGUUACCAAGCGAACAAUGAAGCUCUCCCCAUCAUUUGAAGAAGAUUAUGUUGGCGACUUUUCCCUUCUAUCUCUAAAAGAUGCACUUUUGACUGAUGGAUUGUUCCAUCUUGACGACCCUAAGUCGGGAUUUUGGAGCGCUAACGAAAGAGAAAAUGUUGAACCCUUGGUUCAAUUUUCGGAUGAUGGUAACGAAAAUUCCGAAGUUUUUAAAUUCGUGGUUGAUUUUACAGCUGAUGGUAAGGAAACUCAAGAAACAAGCAAUGGAUGGGGUAACGACACUUAG